AUGUCAGCUGUACCAAAAAAUGAACCUUCAGCUUCUUUAUAUUUUCAGGUGAAUUUCAUGAGGCUGCAGAGAUACUGCAAGAAACUAAGGACAGAGGGGAAAAUAGCCAGUGUUGGAUAUGCUUCUCGGCGUGCAGUUUUUACCAAGGAGCAAAAAGACUUGCUUGUGACCUACAUCCUUAAAGCUGCUAAAAUUUACCAUUGUCGGACUCCUUCUGACAUUCGAAGCUUUGCUUACGACUAUGCGAAGGCCAAUGAAAUCAAGUGUCCAGAUUCCUUGUCCGCCAAUGAAUGCACUGGUUUUGACUGGUUCUCAAAGUUUAUGAAUCGGAACUCUAACCACUCCAUCCGAACCCCAGAAUCCACAAAUCUGAGUAGGACAACAAGCUUCAAUCGAACUAACGCGAACAAGUUUUUCGGUAAUCUGACAGAGCUGCUUGACUGCUACAAGUCUGAGGGCCAUGACAUCUACAACUGUGAUGAGACAAGUGUCACAACAGUGCAACGACCAGAUCGAAUUGUGGCAGAAAAAGGAGUGAAACAAGUAGGAACGACGACUUCCGUUGAGAGAGGAACCCUGGUGACAAUCUGCCUUCCAGUAAAUGCCAGCGGUUAUGCAACACCACCAAUACUGGUGUUCCCUAGAGUCCACUUCCAUGAAUACUUCAUUCUUAAUGGGCCAACAGAUUGCUGUGGAUCAGCAAAUCCAAGUGGAUGGAUGAAUGAAGCAGAUUUUCUAAAAAUGUCCGGAACACUUCGUGAAGCACACUCGUUGCAGCAAAGAGCAUCCUCUCCUGUUGCUACUUUACAACCACAACUCCCAUAUCUCGUUGGCUAUCAUUUAUUUCUGCCGAGACAAUGGUAUUGUUCUGCUAUCAUUCCCCACACACAGCUCACGUAA